CAGCCGGGGAGGGAUUUCUGAAGCCACAAAAUUUGAGUUUGGCUACUGUUUAGUCAUCUUGAAUUACAGAGCUGUCACAAGUCUUCCAUGGAAAGCAGAAUGUUGUUCCACAGAGUUGCAUAUAUGACACUGCUUCUGGUGGUGAUCCCCAACAUAGAAGGACAGGAUUGUAAAGCACAUGGAAAUCUAACAAGAUACGAUAACACUAUAAAGCUUACCAUCUCAGCAGGACUCAACAUUACCGUGACAGACACCAUUAAGAAUUUAUCUUGUGAAUUCAGGAAUUAUUCAUGCUAUAUUGAAUGUUCCUUUCACAAUUUCUUUGAAAAAGAAAACUCCACCACAUCAAAAGAAAUUUUUGUGUCUGUGAAAAAAAAUGAUCAAAACAACACUGUGGACUUUGUCAUAGGGGACGCAGAAGAUGGUAAUUCAUCUUGUACUGUGAUAAAAUGCUCGCAGAACGAGAUAGAUAAUCUCUUGAAAAGAAAAGAGGAAGGGAUGAAGAAGCCACACGAUCUGUUCAACAUUCCAAAUAUAAAAAAAUCUUGUUUAAUAAAAUUUGAGGGUAGUAACUACAAAAACUACAAUAGGGUGGAAAAGAAAGCCAUAAACAGCGUUAUACAGAUGUCUAAUCAAUCCCAGAUCUACACUGGUGAGGAUCUUGCCUUGAGUGUGGAUAAGAUGGAUUUGAACAUGACAAACCACUCUGUAGCUCCACUUCUAUUUGAUCACUACACUCAAGUAGAAACGUGGAUUCCAGAGGAGGUUUUCAAAGAUGUCUCAGAGGAACAGCACAAAGUUGGCAUAGUUACCUACGGUUCUGAUAAUCAAUUUACGCGUCUGAGAAAUGAAGAUGUUCUGUCAAAAGUCAUACGGAUCGAAGUUCCUGACCGUGACAUUGUGAAUUUGGGAAAACGACUUGUAAUACGUUUCCCAAUAAAGGAAUCAAAUGUGUCCGAUAACUUUAGCAUUGAUUGUAAGUUCUUUGAUGAGAAAGUUACAAACACCUGGAAAACCACUGGCUGUGUGACCAAACUGAUCAACAGUAGUCUUGUGGAGUGUAGUUGUGACCACAUGACCCCAUUUGCUGUCCUGCUGACUGAGCUGAUCAUCGACCCAUAUCACUGGAAAAUACUGUCAAUACUUACUUACAUAGGCUGCAGUCUGUCUGCGUUCUUUUGCGGCUGCUCCAUCUUAUCCUAUAUUGUCGACCGUAACGGCAGGAAAGAAGUGUCCAGGAGCAUCCAUGUGUCUCUGAGUGCCGCUCUGUUCCUGCUCAACAUCACCUUUAUGCUCAGCGAAUGGGCUGCAACAUUGAAUCUAAAUGGACUGUGUGUGUUUGUUGCUGUGGUGAUACACUACAGUCUCUUGUGUUGUUUCACCUGGAUGGCCAUUGAAGCUUUGCACCUCUACAUUCUUCUGAUCAGAGUGUUUAACAUUUACAUCAAGCACUACAUGGCCAAGCUCUCUCUGAUUGGAUGGGGAGUUCCUGCAGUUGUUGUUGGAUGCUUGCUAAUCCCUUUUGCCACUAAACCUUUUUAUGGCAUCAAAGAGACUAAAUUAUCAGAAUCUGAAUCAAGUCAAAUUUGCUGGAUCACAGAAGACUACAUCACCUAUGGCGUAAACAUCUCCUACUUUACCCUCCUAUUCCUUUUCAACAUAGGGACCCUGAUCACAGUGUCUAAAAAGAUAUUUUUGCUGCAAAAAAAAGUGGACAACAGACACAGUAAGAUGCCGGCGUGUAAGGAUGUUGGCACAGUGCUGGGCCUCAUGUGUCUGCUGGGUACCGCGUGGGGUUUGGUCUUCUUCACCUCUGGAUAUACAAACUUACCCAUUCUCUACCUGUUCUGCAUCUUAAACUCACUGCAAGGAUUUUAUAUCUUCGUUUGGAUGUGCGUUACGGGCAAGAAGAACAGGAAGGAAUCGCUUUAUGACAAUAGAUCCACUACAGAAAUCUCCAAAUGGGACUCUGGACCACAAAUCAGUCUUAAGUAGCACAGGAAUAUUUGUGGCAAAAGCCAACAAAAUAUUGUAUGGGUCAAAAUAAUUGAUUUUCUUCUGCCAAAAAUCAUUAGGAUAUUAAGUAAAGACCAUGAAGAUUUUUUUGAUAUACUACCGUAAAUAUCGAAACGUUUUGUGAGGGGAUGCAGCAAAAUCGCUAACAAAAAUGGCCAGAAACACGGCUACAAACACUGUUGCCGGUGUCCGGAAAUUUCAUCCUACACGUCAGACUGCCCUACCAGGCAUGCGCACAUCAAUAUUACGUCAAUUUUUAGCACUAUCAAAUCAUAACUUAGCUGUUCAUUUUAUAUAGCUACAAUUAUUUGAUAUUUUGUUACAUAAUUCUACAUAUUUAUUUAUAGUGGGACAAUUUGAUGGGGUAUUCUGCACUGUAAAUCAAUCCUACCUGUUUACUUUAUUCUCUAGGAUAAUCUGAUAGGGUUUUUAUGCUAAAAAUUUAUAUUUAGCCAAAUAUUGUACUUUCCUAGCAUACAUCAAUGGAAAGCUUAUUUAUUUCGUUUUCAGAUGACGUCAAUUACAAUCUCAAAAUUGACCCAUUUGACCAGGGUCACAAAUAAGAACCAAGACGCAUUUCAACAGUUCCGUGUUGGAUCUUUACUUUCAUUCAUCUCAAAUUUCCCGCAAUUCUAACCUGACCCCGAUACACUCGCUUCAGACUGCAAAUGGGAAUGAGCAGUUUUUGCAACUUCCUCUUUAGUUGAUAAAGAUCUUCCUCUUUUAAACUGUAAACCUUAAAACAACAUCAUAUUUAAAUGUAUAAACAAUAAAUUGUAAAUAAAAACUAAA